AUGGAGAACGGAGAGAUAGAGACAGCGAUUAAAAGAUGCGAAUCGGUUAUAAGGACGAUCGAGCAUCUUCCUUUAUCAACUGCCAUCACUGCCUCGUGUCGUCGCACUCUCCUCAAGCUCGCUUCCUCCGAGCUCUCCUUCCUCUCGUCCCUUGCUUCCGAUCCUUCUCCACAGCCUCUCAGUGUCAACAUUGGCCACAUUGAGUCAGUCGUAUGGAUCUUGCGUCUUCCGUCCAUCACCGGCGUUUCGCGCGUUUGCAAGCCGCUUCCUCUGCCGAUUGGUGGCGUUCACGUCGAUCUCGUCUGUACUCUCGGAAAGGCUCCUGUAUGGAUCAUCGUCUCCGAUAGAAACCCUAGGCACAUCUCCUGGAGCGAAGACCGCCAUGGAGGCAAGGGCUUGAGGUCGAGAAUUGAACAUGUUCUCGCCGCUGCUCAGUCCACAGCCACGCUAAAACCUUCUUCGGUGAUUCUGUUCUUCGCAAAUGGUUUGCCUUCCUCAGUUUACGACAAAUUGAAAGACGGAUUCGGGGCUAAAGAAUUCGAAUUCUGCUCGGAGUCGUCUUCAAUGCUCGAGUUCGAUUGCGAGGAUACGAUGGAGGGAGGAUGGGUUAACGUAGUUCGAAGCAGAUCAUACAAAGAAUCAGUUUCUGUUGAGAUCAAGCUCAUAGAUCGUUGCGAGUCUCCUGCAUUUCUUGAACCUGAGGUUGUAAUUCAAGCAGAGGUCGCAGAGCUAAGCAAAAAUGAUGCUUUCUCCUCUGUAAUCUCCUCCAUGAGAUUGCAAAGUGAAGAAGACUGCUUCAUAAAUCUCGACACAACAGCUCUUGUUGCUCUCGUUUCUGGAAUCACUAACGGAUGUGCAGAGAGAAUCGUGGGUAUGCCUGAGAUCGGAUUAGAUGAAAAGUUCAAAGGAAAUACCGUUUUUGUGAUUGCUCAGGCGGAAUCUGAAAUUGAGAAGCCAGUUCUUGUCAAAAUGGGAGCUGUAUUGUCAGGGAAGCGAGGGAUUGUAUGCAAGAGUGUUCUUUCAGAGUUCAAGGAGUUAGUAUCAAUGUAUGCUGGAACCAAUGAGAAGCGCAGAGCUGUGCAGUUGUUGAAUCGCCUAAUGGUGGUGAAUGACAAUCCCACAGAGCGUGUGAUGGGACUCCCAACAACGAGGAAGUUAGCAAUGAAGAACAAGACCGUGUUUGGAACAGGUGAUAGAUGGGGAGCCGCGACAUUGACUGCGAACAUGGCGUUUGUAAGAGCCGUGGCUCAAUCAGGCAUGUCUCUCUCAACCAUCGACCAUAGCCCUCGAGCUCUCACUGGUGAUUAG